GCUUGGAGUACCUGACGGCCUUGGGCUCCGAGAUCCGCAGCUUGCGGGGCACGGUGUCCAGCCUGCAGCAGGAGAACGAGGAGUUGCGAAACCUCCUGGAGCAGAGCACGGACACCGACGCAAAUCUUUCCAAGACACGCACAAGCUUCCACUCUACGUCCUCAUCGACCAAAAGCGAGUACGUCGUGCCAGUGAGCCACGAGAAGGCUGAGAACCGUCGUAUGCCCAUGCUGCUACGACUCUUUUCCAUGGAGGAGGAUCGCCUAGCAGUGGCGGAGCCGGCGUGGCGAACCCGAGCGGCGCAUUUUCUGGAGCUGGGGCCGCCAGCGGUGAUCAUCCUGAAUGCGGUGGCCAUCGCCUUGGAUAGCGACGUGAUCACUAACGAGACCGUGUCCCAGGUGAUAGGUGCUGUCUUCACCCUGCUGUACCUCUCGGAGUUCUUGCUGAAGCUGACCCUGCUGGGCUGGCGGGGCUACUUUUGGGACGAGAAUUGGCAGUGGAACUGGUUCGACUUUCUGUGCCUGCUGUGUGCUUUGCUGGAGCUGGUGGCGGUCCUGAUCUAUGUGCUGGGCGCCGACGCGGCACCCUUCUUGGAGGACGUGGCGGUGAUGCGGGUCCUCCGCCUGGGGCAGCUGAUGAGGACGGUGCGGGUUCUGAAGUUCAAGAUGUUCAGCGAGCUUCGGCAAAUCACCAUGGGCAUCAUGAACGGCUGCGAGGUCCUCUUCUGGGCUGUGGUGUUGCUCUUCGCUGUGAUCUACGUCUUUGGCGUGCUCAUGCGCAACCUGGUUGGAGGCACCAUGGCGGAGUUCGAUAACAUCCCCAACUCGAUGUUCACCCUCUUCCGUUGCUUCACCGACGGUUGCUCGGCCUACGACGGCGCCCCGCUGGCCGAGCGGCUGCGGAGCAUCUAUGGUGCGCCCUUCACGCUGGGCUACGUUUGCGUCACUAUGCUGGUGGCCGUGGGCAUUUUCAACAUGAUCAUGGCCAUCUUCUUGGAGAACGCCACUGCCUCAGCGCAGCGCCGGAAGCAGCGGGAGCUCUCUGAGAAGGCCGACGCCUCCGAGCAGGCCAUCCGGAAGGCGAUUGUGCUGCUCCUGGAUCCUUCAGCGGCGCAGCGGGCCUCUGUAGGGCGCCUGAGCAUCGCCUCGCGGCUCAGCGGCCUGGUGCGGGGCAACUCUGCCACCUGGAGGACCCAGCACAGGUGUCAGGACGAGCUCUUCUGGCGCACGCAGUUCGAAGCAUUAAGGCGGAGCACCAGUGUGGACCGGAAAACCUUCAUGCAGUGGCUCCAGCUGCCCGAGUUCUUGGCGAUCCUGGAGAGCGCUGAUGUGGACGUCUCCAACAAGUUCGACCUCUUCGACGUUCUGGACGCCGACAUGGGCGGUGUCUUGGAGCUUGAUGAGGUGGUCACAGGGCUGAUGAAGCUUCGAGGCCCCGUGUCAAAGGCGGACUUGGUGGCCACCCGACUCCAAGUCCGACUGCUCACCCAACAGAUGACCCAACAGAUGAACUCCCGCUAGUGAGCAAGCUCUGCCAUCUUUCGCCUAUGGAGACGCGUGGUUUUGCGAAACCAGGUUUCCACGGCCCGUCACUGGUCCAUGUUAGGCGAAUUUCGGCGUGAGCUCGAAUUGGCCCCCCUGGCCCAAAGCGCACCAUGUGUGUAUACUCAGAUAUGUCCUCUUGCGCUGAGCACCUGAGUGUACAUGUAUAU